UUGUCUUCUAAAAUAAUUUUUAAAUUUACUUUUCAGUUUGCUAUUUUGUUAGAAGUCGUUUCUUUUUUAAUGACUGCUUCAUUUUCCACAGUUGAUCUUACACCUGACGAGUAUGAACGUUUGACUCAAUUACGGUCCCGAAAAAAUCAAUUACUUGAUGAAAUACAGAUUCUUCAACAAGAAUUGUCAAAAACAAAUUCAAGAUUGGAAACGCUGAGUCCAGUUUCUAAUCGUGCUUUUAAUGAAGAUUACAAAAAGGGUGUCCAAUCAUUAAUUGAUGCUUGUUUGGUUGAGAAUUCAGCUGAAGAUUUUGCUCGUUUUUUAUUAAAAAAUAAUGAUUUAAAAAAGUCCGCAGUUGGGGAUUUUCUUGGAGAAAAUGAACAAUUCAAUUUAGAUGUUCUCCGACAUUUUGUUUGUCUUCAAAAUUUUGAGGGAUUAAUGUUGGUUCAAGCAAUGCGUAACUUUCUCUCUUCUUUUCGAUUGCCUGGAGAAGCACAAAAAAUUGAUAGAAUAAUGGAACGUUUUGCUAUUCGUUUUUGUGAACAAAAUCCUUCGAUUUUUGAUCAUUCUGAUACUUGUUAUACUCUCUGUUUCGCAACAAUUAUGUUAAACACUUCACUUUACAAUCCAAGUGUCAAAGAAAGAAUGAGUUUUGAUGAUUUUCUAAAUAUAACAAAUUCUUUAAAUGUUUCUCGAGAUUUAAUUAUUCAAAUUUACAAUUCAAUACGUGAAGAACCUUUUAAAUUCCCAAAAGAUCAUCAAAUUGAUAACCAUUUAAAUUACAACUCUUCUCGUUUAUUUAGAAUGGCUGAAAAACAGGGAUGGCUACACAAACAAGGUAGUAAUCAUUGGACUUGGAAUCAAAGAUGGUUUGUCCUCUCAAAUAAAUGUUUAUAUUACUUUGAAUUUCCAAAUAGUCGAGAACCUAAAGGAAUAAUUCCAUUGGAAGGUAUUUGUGUGAGAAUGGUUGGAUACAAGGACGUUGAUUCAUUUUCUUCAAGUAAAAAGCCGCACACUUUUGAAUUAUAUUCUCCAAAUUCUGAGAUUGUUAAGGCACACAAAACUAAUUCUGAAGGUCGUUUAAUCGAAGGAGGAGGGCAACACACCGCUUAUAGAAUGGCAGCACCAGGACAUGAAGAAAUGCAUUCUUGGAUUAGUGCUCUCCAAAGAAGUAUAAAUAAAGAUAAUGCUAUAGAAGAAGUACUUGAACGAAGAAGGGCAAAAUCGGUUAAUAAUGGAAGUUUUGGAGGUAGUAAAUAA